CCUCUGGGUAGCAUGUUUUCCUAUUUUCUUGGCAAUCUUGUCGACAAUGAUGGCCCGACGACGACCGACGGUCUCCCAAACAACGAAGCGAUCACCUUCUCCACCGCCCAUGGCCCCAGGGGCUCCCCUUGUUGGGAUCCUCCCGGCGCUUCUCGCCAAGGGCCCGCUGCAAGUGAUUCGCAACGCCCACACGGAGAUGGGGAGCGUGUUCACGGUGAGGCUGUUGCAUCGCAAGGUGACCUUCCUGGUUGGGCCAGACGUGUCGAGCCAUUUCUACCAAGGGCUGGACAUGGAGAUUAGCCAGGACGAGGUCUCCCGGUUCACCAUUCCGACUUUCGGCCCCGGCGUCGCCUUCGACGUGGACUUCGCUACUCGUCGCGAGCAGUUCCGCUUCUUUGGUGACGCCAUGAAGCCGGCCAAGCUCAGGACUUACGCCGGACUUAUGGUGCGCGAAGUCGAGGAGUACUUUGCUAGAUGGGGACAGUCCGGCACGGUUGACUUGAAGCAGGAGCUAGAGCACCUCGUCACGCUCGUAGCCAGCCGGUGCUUGUUCGGGGAGGAGGUCCGGGCCAAGAUGUUCGGCGAAGUCGCAACGCACCUCCGUGAACUCAACGACGGCAUGCGCCUCGUCACCAUCAUGUUCCCGCACCUGCCCAUCCCGGCGCACCGCAGGCGCGACAGGGCGCGUGCUAGGCUCGGCGAGAUAUUCUCCGACAUCGUCAGCUCCCGCAAAGCAAGCUACCCUGACGGCGGCCCCGACGACAUGCUGCAAUGCCUGAUCGAUUCCAGGUACAAAGACGGCCGCGCCACGACCGAGACGGAGGUCGUCGGGAUGCUUGUCUCGGCGCUGUUCGCGGGGCAGCACACAAGCUCCAGCACGAGCACGUGGACCGGAGCGCGCCUCCUCGUGCGCGCCAACUCCGAGCACCUGCGCGCCGCCGUCCGGGAGCAGGAGCGGAUCGUGGCACGGCACGGCGACCGCAUGGACUACGAGGUCCUGCAGGAGAUGGACACCCUCCACCGCUGCGUCAAGGAGGUUCUGCGGCUCCACCCGCCGGCGAUGAUGCUGCUGCGUCACGCGCGCCGGAGCUUCACCGUGCGGACCAGGGAGGGUGACGAGUACGAGAUCCCGGAGGGGCGCACCGUCGCGAGCCCGCUGGUGCUCCACAACUGUCUCCCGCACGUGUACAGGGACCCGGAGAGGUACGAGCCGAACAGGUUCGGUCCGGGCAGAGGGGAGGACGGGGCCGGCGGAGCAUUCUCAUACACGGCGUUCGGUGGCGGGCGGCACGCCUGCGUCGGCGAGGCGUUCGCGUACAUGCAGAUCAAGGUGAUAUGGAGCCAUCUGCUGAGGAACUUCGAGAUGGAGAUGGUGUCGCCGUUCCCCGAGACGGACUGGAACGUGGUCAUGCCGGGGCCCAAGGGGAAGGCCAUGGUCCGCUACAGCAGAAAGAGGAUGUCAGCGGCCGCCUAAAUCACGAGCUGAUAGAUGCGCUACGUGUAUCUACUUCAUGUUGCAUGUUUACUUUCUCCUCGCACCAAUAAAUUGCCGUUCUAAAGUAAGUUAACUGUUGCGCUUGAAUUAGGAGUACUGUAUUUGUUCGACAAGCCAAUGAUGGAGCGCCUUUCGUGAGAGUGGCAUGUAUAUACAGUGGUGACCGUGUGUGUGUACUAUAGCUGAGCACUUUAAGACUUGUCAAGUUUUUUUUUUGCGGGGAUGACUUGUCAAGUUAUCAUACCGCCUCUUGGCAAAAU